AUGUGCGCCCGGCCCAGCAGGCCCAGCGAGAGCACGCCGGCGCCGCCGCAGCUGUCCAUCGACAGCAAGUCCAGCGAGAGCACGUCGGCGCUGCCGUACCCGGACGUCGCGCAGUACAUAGCCAACGGGGGCGGGCAGCAGGACGUGGCCGGGGUGACGUCGCGCCUGGGCGGGCUCUCGGUGGCCGACCCGCUGGAGGACCCGGAGGAGUACGACCUGAAGGUGGCGAACAUCCGGGUGCUGAAGAAGCUGGGGGAGGGCUCGGUGGGCACGGUGCACAAGGUGGAGUAUGUGCCGAAAAAGAAGAUCAUGGCGCGCAAGCUGAUGUCGGUGUAUCCCGACGAGACCAACCACAGGCAGAUCAUCCGGGAGCUGAAGCUCCUGAAGCAGUGCCGGUCGCCGCACAUUGUGACGUUCUACGGCGCGUACUUCUCCGACGACGACGACGGCCAGUCCAUCGCCAUCUGCAUGGAGUACUGCGAGGGCGGCAGUCCUCGAGGCCGUCUACAAGCGCGUGCAGGCCAUGAACGGCCAUAUUGGCGAGGGCGUCCUGGGCAAGGUCGCCGUGGCGGUGCUCAACGGCCUGGUCAAUCUGUACAAGGCCAAGGUGAUCCACCGCGACGUCAAGCCGUCCAACAUCCUGGUGACCGGCCGCGGCGAGAUCAAGCUACCUUCGUUGGCACCAGCUACUACAUGGCCCCCGAGCGCAUCAAGGGCGACAGGUAUGCCGUGCAGUCCGAUGUCUGGUCCCUGGGCCUGACCAUGAUCGAGGUCUCGCAGCGCCAGUUCCCGUUCCCGCCCCCCGGCCACCGCCAGCUGUCGGAGAUCGAGCUGCUCGAGUACAUCAUCCACAUGCCGGUGCCCGAAAUGGACGCCGCCAGGUUUUCCCAGCAGUGCUGCGACUUUGUCCGCGCCUGCCUUCAUCAAGGAGCCCGGCCUGCGGCCCACCCCGAGCCAGCUCCUCGAGCACCCCUUUAUUGUCAACUCCGCCUGCAAAGAAGCUCGACUUGA